UCUCUUUGGUGGUCUUUACAGUUACAGCCUACCAAAAGUGCCUUUACAUGUAACUUUUUUUUUUCUUAAUUCAUACUGAAGUUAAAUAUUUCAGAUUAACACUCGUGACUUGACGUUUGUGCUGCCAUAUUCUAGAUUAUAUUUGACUGGUGUGGGCAGUAAUACGCUCAACACCACCCUCCAUUAAACCUGACAAUCAUCAGCUGCUACACCUGAGCAGCAACUCCCGUGAGGGUGAAUUUCCAACUGUCCCCGUCACUGCAUCUGGACCCCUCAGUGCCGUCACCAUGAUCAGUAUUCAGUCCAAAUGGCGUUACCUUUUCAUGUUCCUGGGCAUCCAGCUGGUGGUCAUGGCGCUACUGUCCCGAGAGGGAUACCAGAAGAGGGUUACAUACUUCAUCCGCAUCUUCCGCAAGCCAGAUGCCACUGGUUUUUCAGGCCGCAACCACACAAUAUCCACCAUCAUCGGAGGGGACGUGUACGCCAACCUCUCCCACUUGCCCAAAGCUCACAGCCAUGGAGAUGACAUGCCCUACUGUCCCAAGACAUCCCCUUUGAUAGGAGGGCCGAUCCACGUCAGCUUCCCAUCACGUCUCAGUCUGGCUGAGGUCCAGAGAAAGAACCCGCUGGUGGUGCGUGGUGGACGAUACAGGCCGCCGAACUGUGUGGCGAGACAUCGAACGGCUAUAAUCAUUCCCCACAGACACAGAGAGCAUCACCUCAAGUUCCUGCUCUACUACCUGCAUCCUUUCUUGCAGCGGCAGCAGCUCAACUAUGGAAUUUACGUCAUCCACCAGGCUGGAAACUACACCUUUAACAGAGCCAAGCUGAUGAAUGCCGGUUUGCGGGAGGCCAUGAGGGAGGAGGACUGGGACUGUCUGUUCUUCCAUGAUGUGGACCUCAUUCCAGAAGAUGACCGGAACACGUACGUCUGCGACUCCAACCCCAAACACGCGGCUGUCGCCAUGGACAAGUUCGGCUACAAGCUUCCGUAUAAGAUGUAUUUCGGAGGCGUGUCGGCUCUGACACCACUGCAGUACCUCAAAAUGAACGGCUUUCCCAACAACUACUGGGGCUGGGGCGGCGAGGACGAUGAUAUUGGAAUCAGAGUGUCUCUGGCUGGGAUGUACAUCACUCGUCCUUCAGUGAAGGUGGGCCGGUACAAGAUGAUUAAACACAAGCUGGACAAAGGCAACGAUGUGAACCCAAAGAGGUUCAACAUGCUCGCUAAGACGCGUCAGACCUGGAGGCUGGAUGGGAUGAACACAGUUGAAUAUGAGGUGAUCUCACGGGAGUACCUGCCCCUCUACACCAACAUCACGGUUAACAUCGGCACAGAGGCCGGCCUGCACCCGCCACGUUCCCCCCCAAAGCGGAAACGUGACUGAAAAGCCUGCCAAACUCCUGGUUUCACUUCAGCGGAAUAAUCCGCUUUUUUUUUAUUUUUUGUUUUUUCUCUCUCCAGCUUUUUCUUCUGUAGUUUGUGGAGCUUGAAUAUCACACCACCUUCACAUGGUUGGGCACUCUGUUGGGUGAUUAAAACACCUAAACUGAUUAAAGACAGAUCAACAGGAACUGAAUCCCAGCUCUUUAAGUGAAGUGUUGCUUCCUCCGGUCCUACUCUGAUUUUGUUCUUCUGAGGGAGUCGCAGCCAAAAAAGGCUUAAAAGUUGGACUCUAUGAGUUUAUAUACCUGCAGCGCUGUGGUCGCUGGUUUAACCGUGCGAGGCCUUAGAAUAUAUUUUUUUUUCUCGUCUUUACACUCGUACCUUACUUUACUGAGGAUCUUGGAUUUAAACAGCAGUCGCACUGUGCCAGUCUCCGUCGUUUCAAAGCCAAUGAAUACACUGAAGGGUUUGUGUGCUUUUGCUGCAGUGACUGCAUGAAGAGUGGAGCUUUCUGCACACCUGUCUGCAAACACCUUAAUUCUAAAAAGACAAACCUUUCACAGUCUUUCACACUUUUUUGUUUUAGGCUUAUAGAUGAUUUUGUGGAAAUACAGCAGAAGUAGUUUCAUUCUGUAGAUGAAGUUGCAGCUCCUCUUUCUCAGCCUUUUAAGUCGUCUCUUUACACUUGAGCAUAUCCGACAUCUUUGGAUUGAACUUCUGUGUCUGCCUUUUAAGCAAAGUUAAGUUUCACAUCAAAGUGGAGUCUUUUUUUACAUGUUGAUAAUUUACUGUCUUUUUUUUUUUUUCCUGUGCAGUUAAUUUUGCUGUGCCACUAACUGUCCUCAAUCUGCACAAAUCUGAGAAAUAAAAUAGAAUAAUGAACUUCUCUGGUCAGAUUUAUUAAGGUAAUUAAACAUUAGAAAUCUCUAAUCAAUAAUGAAGACCAAGGAAAGUAAGUCUGAGAAUAUUUUGUAUGUUUUUUGUUUUUGAGAAAUAACUGCCAGAUUAAAGGUACUUUUUAAAAAUUCCCUGUUUAAAAAUGGUUAAACUAUCCAGAAUUAACCAAAACUCAUUAAGAAAACACAUCCAGGUGUAAUGUGGCAGAUCUCAAUUGAACUAAAUGAAUAAAAUACAUUUAAAAAAUGGAGCAGUGGCCUCAGAAAGGUGGCGGCUGUUAGCCAGAUGGAGCUGAAAAGAAAAAACUUAAACAUUCCAUCACUCACUGAGAAACACUGCCCCCCAGUGGUGAGUCUUGGCUUUGUCUUGCAAAGAACUACAAAAAGGUACCUUUAACCUAAUUUAAUUACUGAAAAAAGAACAAUGAUGGCUUUGUAGGAAAAUUGGUUUUCAGGUUUUCCCUGUAUGCAGACACUAAAUCCUUUUUGUGAUUUUUAAACUGAUUUUCUCUUUUUGUACAAGUUAUUUGAGGAUCUUGUGAAGCUCAUAAGUUAGGAAACUAACUACAUGUUCCCUCAGCUUUUUAGUAAGUUAUCAGUUAUGUUUGUAUGGAGGACAAAAAAAUGAUAAGAACUUGAGAAUUUUGAAAUAUAAUUAUUUUUGUAUUAGAAAUGAGAAGAAAUGGGAAGAAAUCAGACAACUGCUUGGUAGUGCUAAUAGCCGCGUUAAGACUUCCUGUCUGAUCUGUUCCUGGUGACUAAUUAUUUUUCCUUGUUUAGUCAACUCAGUAAUUAGACUGACUAGUCUAAAGAAACACUCAGAUAUCAAGUUAAAUUUUAGGCCUGUUUAAUGGACAAUGUCAAAAACUGUUUAAACAGAGGUUUCUUAAACCAAUAACUACAUCCUUCAACAAUGAAUCGCACUUUAAAUGCUGCUUAACUGUGCGGCAUAGUGCGUUAUGAACACUACACGUGGUACUUCAGACAAUGAAGGGGGGAAAAAACUUAAAUUGAUGUUAAAUAUGUGAAAACGUAUUACUGCAAACGAUGUUUACGCAUCAUUAAAACAUGAGAAAAUAACAUUCAGUGUGGCGCAUUGUGCCACACAUUAUGAACAAUGCUCGUUCUACAAUUCAUGACACGCAUGUCAAUAUAAGUUAAAAUGUAAAAUGAUAAUAAAACAAUACAGUAUAAAAAUAUAUCCAUCCAUUUGCUUCCACUUAUUCAGGGCAGGGUCGCAGCCUGGUCAGUGGAGCCCAGACCUCCCUCUGCCAGCCUCCUCCUCCAGCUUACCCCUGAUUCAGACUUCAGCACUGGGUCUGUUGUUGCCGCGUUCAUGCUUGUGCAGGUCCAUUAGUGUGUUAACUACCUUUCGGUCGUGCAGACUAGUACGACUGAUACCGACUAGUCGGGCACAUCACUAAUCUGUACCAGAAACAUGUUUUUCUUCUUCUCUUGUACUGAAGAGCUUUUUCCUGUACUUGCUUUUCACAAUAAAAGCCCUAAAUAUAUAAACUGAACAAGUGCUGUACUCCACAUGGAAUAAAAUGUCUUACACAAGUACGUCAUAGUAAUUUGACUUAAACUUUUAUUUUGGGUUUGCUAGUUCUCAAAAGGAUUUUUAAAAUAAUACCCUGAUAUACCCUGACACUAAUGAAAUGGGCCUUCAGCUGUUCACUAGAAGACUGUUAAUUUGAUAGACACAGAUCUGCAUUUUUCUGCUGCCUCAAUUUGAUAAGCAAAACUGUCUUAGUCAGUAAAUAACUCCCCGCUGAACAAAACAGGUUUAUUUAUAGCAGUACUUUGGCACUGGAUAAAACCUCUUUGGACACACUCGCAAAAUUAUAUUUAAUGUGCGUCCCUACACACGCACAUUUUUGGUCACCAAAGUUCUGUUCCAGCUCUAAAUUCUAACUUGCUUUACGAAUUUCCACAUAAAAACUGAAGGGGAAAAAAAAACUGCAAAAAUUAGAUUUAAAACGAUUUCGUAGAAACAUGCAAAAAUGUGAAGUUAUGACUGUAUCAUACAAAUGUUGAUUAAAAGUAAUUCUGAGGGAGCAUGAGAAUUUGGGGGGGGGGGUUAACUAUAAGGAGGUCUCUGUUUUGUUGAAUUAUUUCUUUAUUUUGUGUGAGUCAUCUUUUUGUCCUCCAUAUUGAGUUUUCCCCACUGACAGAUCUGAUUGUGUAAAUCGGGGAAGUUUGGCUGUAUCGACUAAAACCAAAGAUGAUGGCAAUGGCAAGCUGUGAAAAAAUAAAGUGUACUCCAAAUGUGUAACUCUGUUGUGCCAGAAAGAUUAAAAGCCACAGACUGUAUAUAAAAGAUAACAGCCGAGAUCUGUGACUUCCUCUUUAAUGUGAUGAGCGGGCCUCUGAGAUGCUGUAGAACAAUAAUAUAAAUUUAGUUAGGUAAACGUUGUAAUUUUCAUCAUGUUUUUGAUGGGUUGUGCCGUUUCCUUUUGGGCUUCUAAUGCUUGCAGCUAUGAUUUUAUAAUCUGUACCAAUUACCACGUAUGUUUCUGUGUGCAUUUAAAUCAUAAAGCUUAUGCGGAUGCAGCUGGCUAACCAGGCUGGCUAGCUUAGGCAUUAACUCCACCCUUGCAUAUAAAUAUGGUCACUUCUGGUUCCAAAACAACCAAUGUGGCAGCAGCGAAAAUGCUAACACUGAGCCUUUAAAAUGCUAGUUUAAAACUAAUGGGUGACGUUACAGAGGCUCUGUCUUACACAUACAGUCCGUUAAUUUGAAGCAGAUUUUUUUGUACAACAUUAACAGGGAAUGAAAAUCCACUCGAUCAGCUUUGUGUGUUAGUGAAGUCCUGGUUUUGAAGCCUGCUGCUCGCCAUUAGAAAAGGAUGCAAGUAUAAGGUAUUAAGCUAUGUCCAUCUUUUAUAUACAGUCUGUGGAUGGGGAUAAUUUUUAAUGAGGUUUGUUUUUCAAGCUCUGUAAAGACAUUUUUGUCCUGUCCUUUGUUGUUUAAAGACUAUUGCUUUACUAUGAAGUCAUAUUCAGCCUUUGGCCUUAGCACACUAAUAUCUAUAUAUGUAUCAGGAGUUUAGUAUGCAUGGUGAAGAACCUCUUAGGACUGAAGAUAAUACAUAUCAGUGCUCACUCCAAACAUAUGAAGCAUGCUGAUGUGUCUGUGUUGUGAACUGGAAACUUGUAUAUUGAGCAUUUACUUCUGCUUAUCAAACGGCCUCCGUGAUCUUCGACUCUACCUGAGAAAUGUUUUUUUUUGUUGUUUUUUUUAAAGCUACAUAAACAUUUGCUUUGCAUCAACUCCGUUCUGAUGUGAAAAUGGAAAGCUGUCGUUAAGGGUGAAACUGCAGAGAGUGAUGUGACUUUGAGUUAUUUCUGCUCCCCUUAUGAAUCCUGCACAGUCCAGAGUGGCCUUAAAUUCAUUAAUAAACCAAUUACU